GGGCGUUCCGGGGUGUCAUGAUGCAAGGACCGUGCGAUAAACUUUGUACAUUGGGGAUAACAAGGCAAAUCCUCAAGAUUUGCCAUCGCACAGUUGCAUUCGUCUCUCUUGAUACGUGAAAACUAGCGAUGGUGAAAUCUCCUGUCCUCCGAGGGGUGUCCCCGGGCAAAGGUAUAAGUUGGCGGAUACUUCUGCCUCCCGGAAGCUUCGUCCAACGCAAUCCUAUCACGCUUUGAGCUCCAGAAUCCCCUUUCUAUAUUCCCUUCAAUCUACCAACCAAUCAUCAUCAUGCGUUUCUUCGCCCUCGGUAGCCUUCUCUUGGCUGGAGCAUCGACCUCCCUCGCCGCCUGCGAAAACUGCACGCCUUCUUCGUCCGACAAUGAGGUUCUCCAGUUCGCCUGGGGCAUCCAGUACUUCCUCACCCAAUUCUACGCCUCUGUCCCGCUCAACCAGUCCCUGAUCUCCACCUUGCCCAACAGCUCUUCUGUGAACUAUGGCACCAACCUUCGCAAUCUGGAGCGUCAGAACCGUUGGAGCACUCGUGCCCUCAAGCAGCUCGGCGAUAAGGUGGGCUUCCAGGUUCCCACAUGCAACUACACUCUCCCGAAGGUCGCCAAUGGCACCUCAUUCCUGGAGACUGCCCUGCAGCUCGAGUCCACCAUCAGCGGCGCUUUCAUCGGUCUUGCCGGGUUCACCCAGGCCCCCGAGGUUUCCUUCCUCCUGGCCCGUGUGGCCACCCAGCACGGCGUGCAGGCCACAUACAUUGCGAGCAACACCGAGUCCACCGUCUUCAAGUCCAACUCCACCUUCGCUAUCGAAGCGUACACUCCGGAAGAGGUCCUCAGCUCUGGAAAGGGCCCCGGAAAGCUGGGCAGCUACCUGGGUGGCUGCUUGUCUGCCCCCCCUGGCCCCUGCGGCCAGGACUUGGUGAUUGGUCCUCUCACUGCCAAUCUGGUCCAGCCUUCCAGUGCUGCUGCUGCUUCUAGCUCUGCCGAUAUUGCCAGCUCUGUGUUCGCCACUAGCACUCCUAGUAUCUCUAGCUUUGCCGCAUCUAGCUCUGGUGGUGCUGCCGCGUCGAGUACCCCUGCCUCUGCCUCCGCAAGCCCUAGCUCGACUUAAGCUAGUUUCUCUGGACAAAUUAGCCAAUGGAAUCAGGGGAAGAGAAAAAGAAACGCAUUCGCGUUUAAAAGAAGGAUAAUAGGUCGGAGUAAUGGACGUUUUGGCGUCAAAUGAUGAUUUUGAACAAGAGCACUUCCUUCGCUCCUGUAAUUAAUGCUACCAACGUGCGUAAUAUUAAUGAAUCUGAUUGAUAUUCUGGGAACUUUUCAGUAUAAAAUUCUAUGAAGCCUUUCGCUUACUUACCUUGUUCGUUCGCAUGAUAAAUUGCGUUUGAUCUAUACUACUCUCAGGCAGCUUAUGAUGAAAAGUUCUCUGAAUAUAGUCAUCAGUCUUCAAAAAUUCAAUAUUUACAUCCAUGA